AUGGUAUCACUUCCAACAGAUCCACUAUCACUACUCGUGUUCGUACUGGUAAUAUUAUUGCUAAUGAUAACUUUCCAUCACUACCAAGCACCUUGCAAGAACUUCCCACCUGGACCAUGGGGGUUACCAAUCAUCGGUAGUUUUAUUUACUUUGGAAAAACUUCGUACAAAGAUAUGAUGCGAUUAUCAAAGCAAUAUGGUGAUGUUUACAGCUUAAAGAUGGGUUCUCGUAUUGUUGUCGUUGUAAGUGGUACAGAUGCAAUAAAAGAAUGUCUGGUGAAGAGGGGAAACACCUUUGCUGAUAGACCAAACAUGUGGCUAAUGGAUCUAUUCAAUCCAAAAUAUGAAGGUAUUGCUGAUGGUCACUUUGAUGAGAAAUGGCAACGUCGUCGACAAUUCGCCCACACAACACUUAGAGGCUUUGGAUUUGGUAAAACAAGUAUGGAGAGUAAAAUAUCUGAGGAAGUUUCGUUCUUGUUAGAUGAAUUUAGGGAUAUCCAAGGUAAACCUAUUGAUGCAGGUCCAAUGGUUAACAGGAGUGUCUCCAAUGUAAUUUGUUCAAUAGCUUUUGGAAAACGUUUUGACUAUUCUGACAAUACGUUCAAGUUAAUGAUUGAUGUUAUGGGUAAAUGGUUUGAGUUAGCUGGUAAGAUGUUUGAGCUCGACCUUUUUCCUUUCCUGAGACCCUUUAGCAAGACACACAUCGAUUGUUUCGUACAACUUGGUGAUGAUUUGAAAAAGUUCUGCAAGCAGCAAAUUGAUGAACACCGUGAAGUAUUCGAUCCAGACAACAUCGGUGAUUUCAUUGACGCAUACUUAGCUGAGACAAUGAAACAAGACGGCAAUGAAGAUUUUACAGACGACCAGUUAAAACACACAUUAGUUGACCUUUUUUCUGCCGGAACUGAAACUACAGCGACUACACUUAAAUGGGGGUUACUAUUCAUGGUUCUCCAUCCAGAAAUACAGGAACGGGUUUUUAAUGAGAUUGAUCAGGUUGUUGGAGUAAACCGUCUUCCGAGACUCGAAGAUCGCAAAGACUUGCCUUAUACAGAAGCCACUAUUCUCGAGAUACAAAGACUUGGUAGUAUUGUGCCAUUCGCUCUGCAACAUUCCACAAUGCGUCAUAGUAUCCUGGGAGGAUAUAAUAUUCCUAAGGGAACCGAACUCACUGUUUUAUUAUGGUCAAUUCAUCACGAUCAAAAUGCCUGGUCCAAUCCCGGCAAAUUCGAUCCAAAGAGAUUCUAUGAUUCUAUGAUCAAUGCAGUCAGAAAAAGUGAUCAUUUCAUGCCAUUUUCUGCAGGUCGACGUGUCUGUAUGGGUGAACAGUUGGCAAAACAUGAAUUGUUCCUAUACUUCACAGCCAUGAUACAUCAGUUCAAGUUCACCUUGCCAGUUGGAACCAAGAAACCCUGCACUGAAGGUGUUCUGGGACUGACAUUGGUUCCUGCCCCAUUCAAAGUUAUCAUCGAAGAAAGAAACUCCUAA